AUGAGACAGACUUGUCCCCGCCGGAGUCCAAUACUUCAAGGUCUCGCGGAAAGCUACACCGUGCUCCGGGGUGACCUGGAGGUUCACUACGAUGUCUAUGACACGAGGAGCGUGGAGAGCCCUCUACCGGACGAAGACCAAAUCAUGGACCUGGCAAAAAACAUCACCGGCAUGGACGUCAUCAGUCACGUGACAAUUGCCACGUGGAUCAAAGUGCCGCCCUACAGUCACAAAUACUACCAGCACGUUGAGGUCAUAUCCCUACAGGUGGCGCUAGUGUCGGACGGGUUGCAGACGUUUGCUCUCUUUCAUUAUGCUGAGUCUACAUGGGGAGAGAGGACGCCCUAUGCCCGUAAUAUCCUUAUUGGCUACUCGGACGGACAAGGAAAAACGGAGACGAAUUCCAACUCGAACAAAAUGUCCGCCUACGACAUGGACGAGAUUGUGGGGAAAGGCACUGGUACGCAUGCUGGCAGUGGCAGUGGCAACGGCAACGACAACGGCAACAACACCGACAACGACAACGACAACGGCAACGACACCGAUAACGAUAACGAUAAGGAUAACGGUAACGAUGACGAUAACGAUAAUGAUGACAGUAAGGAUAACGAUGUUGUAGCUGGUAAUGCUUCUGCCGCGAAUGGUUAUGGUGAUGAAGUUGAUGAUGUUAAUACCGAGCUGAAAAAGUAA